AGUACCGUAACAUUUCCACACUUUUUGUCAACUUCAAUUUCUUUGUUAACAAAUAGCACGUGUGAAUGGCGCAGCUAUUUUGACGAAAUUUAAAAUUCUCUCUAGUAAUAACCGCAUCGAUUUAUAAGAAACUGAUUCUAAACGUUAAGUAUUUUGUGAUUUCGUUUAUUUUCUACAGAAAUGGCUGAAAUACCAGAUCAAGCCGGCGAUUGUCCUGACGACUUAGAAAACGUUGGCGAAGAAGAGAUUGACAACGACAUUGAAAAAAAAGCUGCCGAAGUAGCUAGAAAUUUCGUUGCAGCUUUAACACACCAACAACGUGAUCCUGCUGAAAUCAUAGCUGCAUUACCACCUGAAUGCAGAAAGCGAGUGAAAGCCCUUAAAAAACUUCAAGUGGAAGAAUUAAAUUUAGAGGCUAAAUUUUAUGAAGAAGUUCAUGCGUUAGAAGUAAAAUACAGCCGUUUGUAUAGUCCCCUCCAUGAAAAACGGUUUUCAAUAAUUUCUGGUGCUUAUGAGCCUACAGAAGAAGAGUGUCAAUGGGCUUCCGCUGAUGAAGAAGACUUAGCUAAUGAACUGAAUCAGAAAGCCAAAGUUGGCAAUGAAGGAGAUAAAAAAGAAGAACAGAAAGGUGAGCCUGUGAAAGGCAUACCUGAUUUUUGGCUAACAAUUUUCAAAAACGUUAGUUUGCUUUAUGAGAUGGUUCAAGAACAUGAUGAACCAAUCUUGAAACAUCUGUUAGAUAUUAAACUGAAAUUUAAAGAUAAUCCUAUGGGCUUUAUUCUUGAAUUCUACUUUGAGCCAAAUGAAUACUUUACAAACAAGGUGCUAACUAAAGAAUAUGAUAUGAAAUGCGUUCCUGAAGAUGAUGACCCGUUCAGUUUCGAAGGCCCCGAAAUAUUCCGAUGCCGUGGCUGCACCAUCAAUUGGAAUAAAGGCAAAAAUGUCACGCUGAAAACAAUAAAGAAAAAACAAAGGCACAAGAGUAGGGAUCUAGUUCGUACAGUUACAAAAACUGUACAAAAUGAUUCUUUCUUCAAUUUCUUUUCUCCACCAGUCAUCCCAGAUGAUGUGAAUGAAGCUAAUAUGGAUGAAGAAAUUCGCAACAUUCUUACAUCUGAUUUUGAAAUUGGUCAUUACAUUCGUGAGCGCAUCAUUCCACGUGCCGCCCUUUAUUUUACUGGCGAUGCAACUGAAGAUGAUGAUUUUGAAGAGGAAGAAGCAGAUGAAGAUGACGAAGAAGAAGAAGAAGAAACUGACUCAGACGGGCAACCCGAACUGUCUUUUGGGAGUAUAAAGAAAGAAGAUUCAUAAAAUCAAAAAAUAUUAAUGAGAAAAAAAAUGCAAGCUUGGGAAUAACGGCAACUUUUAAAUGUUUAUUUUGUCUCUAACUUAUUUAUUGUCAGUUUUAUGUAUUAAAUUUGUACUAUCUCCCAA